CCCGCUGUCACUGCUGGGCGCUGGCGGAGCUCGGCCAAGGGACCCCGCACACCGCAGCUUUGUUGUGGAAAUCCUGGUUACCUGGCUAAGAACCCACACCAUGGAUAACUUAUUGGACUUUGCCUGAAAGGAGUCAUUAGUACCACUGAAGAUUUGAGCAUCCUGGCUGCAGGUUUUUCAGAAUGAAUGGGAGGUCAUGCAGCAUGAGUCUCCACCGGACACCAGGAACACAGGGGCCUGGGAUGGUCAGUGGCCAGCAUAUUCCUCCCAUCCGAGCCCAUUCAGGGACUCCUGGUCCUUUGUCCUAUGGCAGCACACCAAGUCCUGCUCUUGGAAGCCUUGCUAGCAACUUCCAUCUCAAGAUGUCCUCGGGAGGAGGGAUGGCUUCUCAGAACAACGUGGCUGAGAGCCCCAUCCAUCUACCUGCCCUGAGCCCCAGGCGACAAGUGCUCACCAAUGGGAAACCACGAUUCCAGGUCACCCAGGCUGGAGGCAUGUCAGGGUCACAUACUUUAAAGCCAAAGCAGCAAGAGUGUGGAAGUCCUUUUCCUCCAAAUCCUGGGAAAGGGGCUCUUGGCUUUGGGCCUCAGUGCAAGUCCAUUGGAAAAGGCAGCUGCAACAAUCUAGUGGUCACCAGCAGUCCCAUGAUGGUUCAGCGACUGGGACCCAUUUCACCUCCAGCAAGCCAGGUCUCCACAGCAUGCAACCAGAUCAGUCCUAGCUUACAGAGGGCAAUGAAUGCAGCCAACCUGAAUAUACCUCCUUCAGAUACCAGGUCUCUCACUUCACGGGACUCUGUGGCUUCCACGACUUUGAGUCUGACGGAGAGUCAUUCGGCCUUGAGUGUGAAACGAGAGUGGUCUCAGGACUACCGACCCCUCCCUUCGCUGGCCUCCAGCCACGGCUCUCAGAACGGCGUCGAUCUAGGGGACCUCUUUAGCCUUCCUCCUGGGACAUCCAUGUCUAGCCACAGCACCUCGAACUCAUUGCCGUCCUACCUUUUCGGCAUGGAAAACAGCCACUCGCCUUACCCCAGCCCCCGACACUCCUCCACGCGCUCCCACUCGGCCCGCUCCAAGAAGCGAGCGCUGUCCCUGUCCCCGCUGUCCGAUGGCAUUGGCAUUGACUUCAACACCAUCAUCCGCACGUCGCCCACCUCCUUGGUGGCUUACAUCAACGGAUCGAGGGCCUCCCCGGCCCACGUGUCCCCCCAGCCAGAGGUCUACGGGCAUUUCCUGGGGGUGCGUGGCAGCUGCAUUCCCCAGCCGUGCGCGGUGCCCGGUGGGCAGAAGGGCGUGCUGGUGGCCUAUGGUGAAAAUGGGGCGCCGGAGUACGAGCGCAUGCAGCAGCUGGAGCACGGUGGCCUGCAGCCGGGCCAGGUCACCAACAUGGUGGUGCAGCAUGGCCUGCCCGGGCCGGAUGGCCAGCCGGCUGGCAUGCUCAAGACGGAGCGCCUGGAAGAGUUCCCAGGCAGCGCCCUGGACCUACCCUCCGCCCCCCCUCUUCCUCCUCUGCCACCACCCCAAGGCCCCCCACCCCCUUACCACGCCCACCCACACCUUCACCACCCCCCGGAGCUGCUGCCCCACGCGCAGACCCUGGCCCUGCCCCAGGCCGCCCUGGAUGAGGAUGGAGAGAUGGAGGACCUGGGGGGCAAACACUGCUGUCGCUGGAUAGACUGCAGCGCGCUGUAUGACCAGCAGGAGGAGCUGGUGCGGCACAUCGAGAAGGUCCAUAUAGACCAGCGCAAGGGGGAAGACUUCACCUGCUUCUGGGCUGGCUGCCCCAGAAGGUACAAGCCCUUCAAUGCCCGCUACAAACUGCUCAUCCACAUGAGGGUUCACUCUGGGGAGAAGCCCAACAAGUGUACGUUUGAAGGUUGCAAGAAGGCCUUUUCAAGGCUUGAGAAUCUCAAGAUCCACUUGAGGAGCCACACAGGAGAGAAGCCCUAUCUGUGCCAACAUCCGGGCUGUCAGAAGGCCUUCAGUAACUCCAGUGACCGUGCCAAGCACCAGAGGACACAUCUGGACACUAAACCUUAUGCUUGUCAAAUUCCAGGAUGUACCAAACGCUACACAGACCCAAGUUCCCUAAGAAAACAUGUGAAGGCACAUUCGUCCAAAGAUCAACAAGCAAGGAAAAAGCUGCGGUCCAGCGCGGAGCUCCAUCCAGACCUCCUCACAGACUGCCUCACAGUGCAGCCCCUGCAGCCAGCCACUUCCCCACGAGAUGCUCCUGCAGAAGGCCCCUUGGGCUGCUCCCCCAGGUCCGGUCCCGACCUCUAUCCAGCUCCCAUUUUCUCCAGCAAUCAUUCAAGCCGAAGUGGAACAGCUGCUGGGCCCAUGCCACCCCCACAUCCUGUCAGUCACCCUUCUCCGGGACAUAAUGUACAGGGGAGCCCUCACAACCCCUCCUCUUCCCAGUUACCUCCACUCACAGCUGUGGACUCGGGCGCGGAGAGAUUCGCCACUCCUGCUCUCUCACCUCACCAUAUCAGCCCCCGGAGAGUUCCAGCUCCCUCCUCAGCCCUGCAAAGAACACAGCCUUCUCAUACCCAACAGUCCUCAGGCGCACACCUGAAGUCCUAUCAGCCAGAGACAAGCUCUUCUUUUCAACCAAAUGGUAUCCACGUCCAAGGAUUCUAUGGGCAGCUGCAGACAUUCUGCCCACCACAUUACACUGAAAACCAGAGAACUGCACCGCCCAGCAGCUCUUGCAGUGUGAUACCAUCCUUCGAGGAUUGCUUGGGCCCUACAACCAUGGGCCAGGCUGGUUUCGAUGUUUUCCACAGAGCCUUCUCCACUCAUUCUGGCAUUACAGUGUAUGAUUUACCUUCAAGUUCCUCCAGCCUCUUUGGGGAAUCUCUUCGCAGUGGGCCUGAAGAUACGACAUUCCUACAGAUCAGCGCUGUGGACCGCUGCCCUAGCCAGCUCUCCUCUGUCUACACGGAGGGCUAAACACUUCCAUGGCCUCUACUGCAUAUGCAGAGCCUUUUAGUGGUGAUUUCUGGUCUUUUGUUUUCAUGUUCUUACAGAUCGAGUGAAGCAAUAUGUCAACCCAAUGUGCGGAGCAGAGGGGUCACCGUGUCUGGCAUGCAGGACGAGGGUGAUCAGAACUAGCUUGGCAGGAAGUUUGCACUUGCUCCUUUGUCCUCUCUCAGUUUGCUGGGCAAGGUCACCAGCAGGACUUUUCUUUUCAAAGGGAAUGUAGAGUCACUCUGUACGGGAUACCUGUUACUUCCUGGCUGUCAUCCCUCAAAAGAUGUCAGUGAAACAAUGUCUGCAUGGAAAGAGUUUGGGAAUAACCCUUGCUGAAAAUUCCAAAGAGGGAAGGAUGGUCCUGUUACCAAUGUGGCACAGUGAGCAGCCUCUCCCAAGGUUCUCCAUCUCAGCCGCACGAUGGAAAGCCAGACCCAACCAGGAAAAUCUACAUCCAAAGCCUAUUGCGGUCUCCAAUUGGAGAAAUGCCCUGGGAUUCCCUCCGGUCUUUGAAUAGCUUCAGCGCUAGCCAAUUGCUUCUCAGUGUUUCUCCAACGGCAAAAUGAAGUUUCGUCUUCCAGCAACCUAUGUUGCUGGAACAACAAAUACUUGUUAUUUACAUUACCUUAACAAGCAAAAAAAUAUUUACAGGUUUGUUCUUUGGAUGGAAAUCAUUAUUAUUUUAAUCCUUGCAGUUAACAUUUGUUUUGCCAGACCUGUCACUCUGUCUUGACCCUACACCUGGAAUGUUUUGUAGUUAGCAAACACUCCCUGAGGGAAAUGGAAUGGGUGUACACCCACUCACACAUGCAUGCACACACACGCGUGCACACACACACACACCCUGCUCCCAGUGCCCUACAUAGCAGGAACUCUCAUGGAUUGUCUGGUCAGUAACUUCACCUUGUAAACUUUGUCCUUUGACGGGUUCAUCCAUUGUCUGUGCUCUGGUGCUCUGUCUGAGAAAUGCCAGAGAUAUGAACACAGACACACAGACAACGCGUGUUCACUUUGCACUUACUUGCAAUUACUUUGCACUCCUUUGCUUGUUUCCUUCGGUGUACCCCCCCCAACUGCCUGUUUCCCCCCCACACACAACUUUUCCCUACCCUCUUUCCAUAUCUUUCUCGUAUUCUGUUAUUCAAACCUGCCUAACACUCCUGGUAUCCUGUUUGUCGACUCUUGGGAAGCCAGAAGGGAUGGUUCACAAAAAGUGAGCGAAAACAGGUAACCCUUCACUGAAACUCUAGUUGAAGGCCUGGGGAUUUUUUAUUACAGAUCCCUUGGCUAUUUUUUUAUAUAAGACCUAAACAGAAAGUCAUUUUCAGUGACACUUUACUAAAGUAUUUUUAAAAAUAUCCUAGACCCCAGUGCAUAGGCUGUGAAACUCCCAAUGACCUGGUCCAUUCUGACAUUCUAGUAUGCUUCUAUUUCAGUUUCUUACUCUCUUAGUUUUUUAAAGUGUUUUGAAUGAAAAGUGAAAUAGUUAUCAAACUGAAAUAAUGACAGCCUUCAGCAUGACAAGCACUGCUUGGUGAGACUUGGGGUCCAGUGACAAUUUAUAUCCUGACAGACAUGUCUUUCCAGCCUGACUCUAAAAUCACAAAUGCGUACCCUGAUUUGCUUUCCGUUCAUUCUACCAUAGAAAGGGGGAGAAUCAAGAACCAAGCGUGGAUUUUGUUUUACAGCACCCUUGAUUUCUCUUGCUGUUGGGCUCUGUUCUCUGAACACUUAUCAUGCAGAUGUUCAUUUCUGCAAAAAUUUGAAUUCCCACUUUAUAAAAACUUUCUGUGCCUUAGGAAAAGAUGUCCACAGGUGAGUGCUCAGGCUGCUGUAAACAGAGUACCAUCCUUCUUCUCAAAGAACUUGGGGAAGGCAUGAAAUGGCUUAAGCAAGGAUAUGUGCCUGCUAACAUGGCUUAAUUGCUAGCAUCCCUCAGUAUGCGCUGACACACCCUACAAAGAAAAGCAUGCAGUGCAUUUAUCCAUGCUUACAUUCUGAAACUUUUAGAAGGAACACAAAGUGUGGUUCAUUGGUGAGUUGUCAGACCUGCCUUGUGGCCCUAUGUAAUUUGAAGUAGAAAGGGGAGGGAGUGAAGAGAACAAAGCAAAAAGCUGAAAUUUAGAAACCAUGGCAGACCAGCUCUGGCCUCGUGAUGAUCUUUCACAAAAACCCUGCUCCUCUGUGGCUUUAGCUGACCAGGAAGGAACUCCAGAAGGGCCUCCUAAUAGCAGUUCCUUUAGCACCUCCUUUCUCAGCAGAGUCUCCAGACCCAGCCUAUACAGGCUAUUGUCAGGUGUGUGGCCAGGUGUGUGCAGGGGACCUGGCCAAGUGGAACUCCUCACAGGCCUCUCAGUGUUUCCUGAUACCUGCAAGAUUGAGGUUGUAGCUUCAGGAAAUGACACGUGCAGAUUCCCCUUUGAAAACAAAAACAUACAUAAACAGUAACAACAGUAAUACUGGUGCUUAUGAAAACACACUGUCCAAGGGCAUUUAUUCUAAUACAUGGGAAAAUAUCAGUAUGCCUAGAGACAUUUCACUGGCUACAUUGGGUUAAUUCUCUACCAGGACGGCAUCCAAAUGACAAUUACAGUUUCAGCUCUGAUCAGCAUUUAGCUAUUAUUUAAUUAUUUACUGGCACUAUGAAGUAUCUCCUUUAUCCUCACCCAAAUUACAUAGCGGAUCCUAAAAUGAAAAAAAAAAAAAGUUCUGUAGUAAGUCAUAGUAUAGUUUACAUGGAUAAUAGUGUUUCGGUUGUGUUCAGUUGUUUUAAAAUAUCAGCUGACAAGCACACUACUACAUUCAUACCAGUUCUGAACAGGGAUGACCAUUCAACUCCCAACCAGAAAACCUUGACUUUUCAGUUGCCUUGAAGUAUUGGGAAUAGCAACUCUUUAAGUAUUGUCUCAUUAACUGGUGUUUUCUUUGAUCAUGUCAUACUAUAACAGCAUUUCUUAAUGGCACUUUUUGUUAGUGAUGUUAUUAUCAUUUAUUAUUAUUAUUACUAUUGUUAUUGCCACAGAUUAAAUAAAGCAAAAAAAAAAAAAACAAAGAAAAACCAAACUUAUUGGGAGAAAUGGUGAGUGUAAAAAAAAAAAAAUGAGAGAUUUAUUUUGUACAGACAGCAAAGUAUCCUGUGUAAUGUUGCUGACAUAAAACACUUGGGGUGGGGGGAGGCGGAAUGGAAAUCUGUUUUCCAUAAAUCACACAGGCUCUUGUACAUAAUUCUGUACACUCACGUAGAGAAUUGAGCUGCAUAUAUCAUACUGGAUAUGGGGCUGAUUUUAACUCUCAAGGCACAUCUGCUGCUUGUUGUCAUAAAUCUUUUAAAGAAUUAGGUACACUUUUUUCUAUUAAUAUGUAUAGUUUUGUGAUUUGUCACAGUUAUGUUUCAUAUAAUCAUAAGUUAUUUUGUCUUGUUUCAUGAAGUUCUUUUUUUUAAUGUCAAAAAUAAAAUGAAGGGAUUGUGCACUUGGUACCAAAUAAAACUGGAAAUAGAGGAUACACCCUCCCACCUGAAAUCCUCCUUCAAUGCGUUGCUUUAAAACACAAUGUCAACGACCAUUGUUUGUGUUUGUGUGUGUUUCAUUUAUUUUGGUUUGUUUUGUCAUCAGCCUCCUCUGUAUUGGGGGAUCGUAAUUAUAAUUAAAAGCAGAUGGGGGAGGGGAGAGGGCCCAAGGCCAGCUUUAAAAUGCCGCAUUGCUUUGGGCCAGAGCUGCAGCCUGGAUUUAAUUAUAGAUAUGAGGACGAAAUGGCAGUAAAAAUGAAUGUCUCCCUGAAUCCUUUACAUGUUGGGAGUGUCCAUAAAUAAAACAUGAAGUUUUAUUUCAUCACA